AUGGGUGAACGAGCCCACCAUGGAGCCCAAGCGUGUUCUGGUACCAACCCCAGGAGAUGCCAGGACUUAGGGGACUCCAUCCUGCUGAUUCUGGGCAGCUUCAUCUUGCUCAACGUGGGGAUCAACGUGGUGACACUGCUCUGGAAGCAUCUCAAAAGCUCCUUACGGAUUCUUUUCCAUCAUUUCUUUCCCAAAGAUCCCAAGACCCUGUACUCAAGAGUAUCAUCCCGCUUUCAUCGGCGCUCGAGCUUCCUGCUGGAGCACAACCAACACCCCGACUCUUGGACACCGGACACAAAUGAUGCCAAGCCUUCUCGGUUAUGGAUGUCAUCUCCCUGUGGCCAUGCCGGGGCUCCCGCCGAGGUUCCAUGGGGACCGUGGAAGGAGGGGAUGCUGGGAGCCACCGAAGCACCCCAGGCUGUGGCUUUGAAGGCCCAGGCCUCCUUGCUGUCCAAGCCAGGGUCAUUUCCUCAGUUCCUGAAGACAGGCAGCAAGGUGGAUGCUGCCGUGCCACUCCGCUUGCCUCAUGAGAUCUACGAUGCCCGCAGAAUGAAGCAGAGCAUCUUUCAGAUGUACAUUCCCCAAAACUCCGGGUGUUCUAGAAAAGAUGAGGCUGUCCACUCCAGGCCCCAAGAUGGGCAGGGCCUGGUGAGUUCUGAGAUCUCUGAACCAGCAUUAAAGCCACCUGAUGGGGAUGGUGCCACACCUUCUUCAGGACCCAUCCUGGGCUACCUGGAAUUGGGGAACAUGGAAUUGAAGGUUCCAGAAGAUACCAGGGACAAAUUCUUCCAGUCUAAGACCUUCUCUUACUGCAGUUUCCAUCCUUGCGAUUCAGAGAGGAGGAAUUCCCAGCUCCCUGUCUACCCCAAGUUCCUGGUUUACUCACAGGACGCUGUACCCCUUAAACCUUGUCUCCAUUCUCCAACAGCCACUCAGAAUUCGCUGUCUGCCUUUCCUCCACCAUGCACGCUUUCCCUGCCGCUUGUUCCUCCCAGAACCUUUGUGGUUGCAACCAACCAUCAGAAGCCCUCUGCCCCAUUACAAACCCACACCAAACCACCUCAGUCAAUCCCACCUUCCCAGUUCCCUAGCCCUCCCCAGUUCUCCACUGCUGCUUCUCAACCUCUUCUACGAUCCCAACAACCUGAACUUCAGGAGAAUCUAGGCCUCAGCCAAGACUCUGGCCUCCAAGUGACCUCAAGCCCUUCAAAGGACUCAAGAGUUCCCAAGAAGUCAAGUUUUCUGUCUUCUUCCCAGAAUCUUGGACUCCACAAGCAGAAUCCAGGCCUUAGUCAAGAUCCCAGACCACAGAAGAGGGGUUCAUAUCAUACCCAAGUCCCCGAAGUCAGCAAAUCCUCAAGACACUCCCAGCCAGCUGGUAUCCUCAAAGGCCCAAGCCUUGCCCAAACCUCUGGUCUCCAAAAGGGCCUAGGCCUAACACAAGACUCGGGAGAUUAUAAGAAUUCAGGCCUCACCCAAGACUCUGCAGUCCAGAGGGACCAGGGUCCUUCAGAAGAUUCAGAACAUGGUAAGAAUCCAGAUCUUACACAAGCAGCUGAAGUUGAAAGAAGACCUAACCUGACCCAAGAUUCUGGAGUUUACAGGAGCCCAGAACACAGCCAUGGUUCUAACCUCCACAAGGGACCAAGAGUUAAACAAGAGCAUGGUUCCCAGAAGACCCCACUCCUCCCCCAAGACUCAGUCAUCUCCCAGAUGCCAAACUUGACCCAGGAAUCUGGCCUCCCCCAGGCCAUAAGCUUUACCCCAGAUCCUGGCCUUCUCAAGAACCGGAGAGCAUCUCGGGGCCCUGAAUUGGUCCGAGAUGCGGAUGCAUCUCAGACCCCCAAAGCAGCCCUCCCCCCGAGGAAGUCGUUUGUGUCUGAGAAGGCGCCACAGGAAAAUGCAGAGCAGCACAUAGCCUGGACUUCUGUUCCAAUCAACCAACCCCCCUGUCCUUCCAGAAGCCAGCUGGCUGCCUCCGACCUACAGACCUUCUCAGAGGUCCCCGUUCUAAUUGAGCUUCAGUCAUCCUCCCGGCGGGUGGGCAGCCAAGACUGGGGGUACCGCCCCACGGACUCGGUGCCUUCGGCCUGCCAGAACUAUCGCCAGAUGUCUAUGCCUCCUAAAAUCAACUGGAAGCCCCACUGCCCUGGCCCAGGUACCCGGACCGGCCAUGUGGUCUUCGAUGCCCGCCAGAGACAGUUAGCAGUGGGCAGGGACAAGUGUGAAGCGCUAGCUCCCAGACGCCUUUACCAAGAGGUACCCAGCAACUCGGGGGAGACAGUCAAGGAGUGGGGCUAUCAGAAUGUGAUGAGGACCUUGGACAAGGAGGGGUCAAAAGUACAUCUGGAAUAAAAAGAUGAAA